AUGCAGGCACGAAACUCGAAGACUGCAAUUCGCAUUUUCUUGGCUGCCAAGAAGCGCCGAACGGCACAGCCGACCGACGUGCAUUUGAUUCUCGAAGAUCGCCAUUCUGCCAUGAACAUUCUUUGCACCUCGUUCAGCGUGGUCGCCGCAGCAACAAAUGCAUCUCACUACACUACUGGAAUAAACAGCAAAGACGCGGUAGAGUUGUCGGACGCAUCCUUGGCAAUGCACUGCUGUACCAAGUUGCCGCAACCAUGCCGCGUCUUGCAGAAUCCAAGAGAGUACAAGAGACAAACUCACACAAGCGACAGCGUUCGACAGCCAGCUUACCAGAUCCGCAGUGAUCGUCGUCGAGCAUAG